AUGCCGCGCCUCCGCCUCCGCCUCCCUCUGGUCCUCCUCCUCCCAAUAGCCCUCACCAUCCUGCUCUUCCUCUUCUUCCCAUCUUCCCCCCGCCCGCGCUCGCCCCAGCCGCAGCCGCUGCCGCUCCUCUGCGGCGCCGCGCUCUCCGAUGCCGCCGACGGCCGGUGGGUGCCGACCCCGUCCCUCGCGCUGCCGCCACUAUAUUCUCCGUCCUGCCCCUUCCACCGCAAUGCCUGGAACUGCCUCCGCAACGGCCGCCCCCAGCUCGCGGCACUCUCCUGGGCGCCCACCCGCUGCGGCGGCGCCGUCGUCCCGAGGAUCGACGCCGCGGGGUUCCUGGCCGCGGCCAGGGGGCGACGGAUUGGGCUCGUGGGGGACUCACUGUCUGAGAACCUCAUUGUCGCGCUCCUCUGCGCGCUCCGCUCGGCGGACGACGGCGCCCGCAAGUGGAAGCGGCGUGGCGCGUGGCGCGGAGGGUACUUCCCCAAGGAGGACGUCGUCGUCGCUUACCACCGCGCCGUCCUGCUCGCCAAGUACACGUCAGUGAGUGCUUUAUGCUGCUGA